AUGGUACAUCUAUGGACAGAUAUUGCCGCUAAGAAGCGCGCAUUACGCGAUGAGAAACUUGCAAAGUCCUAUGGCGAAGAUGCACCAGCUGAUCCUCGCAUCCUUGCUGCGAAGGAUAUCCAAGACUUGACCAAGCUAUUAGAAGCACGAGAGGUCACAUCCGAGGCCAUUGUUCUUGCGCACAUUGCUAAAGCCAAGGAAGCCCAUCAGAGAACAAACUGUUUGACAGAAAUUUCCUUUGAUGAGGCUCUGAUCCAGGCGAGGGAGCUCGAUGUCUUUCAACAAGAAAAUGGGCAGUUAAAGGGUCCCCUACACGGUGUGCCAGUCUCGCUCAAGGAUCAAUUCAACGUCGAAGGGCUGGACUCGACACUGGGCUACGUUGGACGCUCUUUUCAUCCCGCCGAAGAGGACUGUGUUUUGGUCAAGGUGCUCAAACAGCUUGGCGCCGUCAUCAUCGCCAAAACGAACCUGCCUCAGAGUAUUUUGUGGGGGGAAACAGAGAAUCCGCUUUGGGGCCUGACUACUCACCCAAUGAACCCUGAUUUCACUCCAGGCGGCUCAACGGGAGGCGAGGGAGCUCUCCUGGCCCUCAAUGGCUCAGCGAUUGGCUGGGGAACUGAUAUUGGCGGKUCUAUCCGUAUUCCAUCUCACAUGAAUGGCUUAUGGGGUUUCAAACCAAGUAGUGGCAGGKUUUCGUAUGAAGGKGUAGCGGUCUCCCMGGAUGGGCAACAGCAGGUACCGUCUUCAAUUGGCCCUAUGGCAAGAACUCUCAACACUCUUGUAUUGGUUUCGAAAGCUGUGAUCGAGGCUGAGUGUUGGACACUGGAUCCUCAGCUGCCGCCUAUGCCAUGGAAAGAAGAAGCAUUUCAAGAAUAUUCAAAAAAGCAGUUGGUUAUUGGUAUCAUGGUAGAUGAUGGAACAGUGAAACCACAUCCACCGGUGGAAAGGAUAUUCAAUGAACUUUGCCAAAAGCUGGAGGCAGCUGGACACGAACUCGUCCCCUGGGAUACAUCCUUGAACGCCGAGUGCGUCGACCUUAUGAGUGAGCAUUACACCGUUGAUGGAGGCUUUGAUAUUCGACGCGAUGUUGCCGCAGCGGGCGAGCCAUUCCUCCCCCAUGUCCAAAGAUUGGUGGACAGCGGCUCAGCGAUCUCGGUCUACGAAUAUUGGCAGCUGAACAAGAGGAAGAAGGCCAAACAAGCUGCCUAUAACAAUAUGUGGAACGCCAUAACGUCGCGAUCAGGUCGGCCUGUUGAUGUUUUACUCGUACCCACUAUGCCGCAUACCGCAAUUCCGCAUCGGACAAUGCGCCAUGCUGGCUACACGAAGCUCUUCAACUUCCUUGACUACACUGCGCUUUCUUUCCCAGCUGGCAAGGCUUCGAAAGCACAUGAUCCUCCUUCGCCGGAAUAUGUGCCUCGUAACGAUGCUGAUGCUUGGAACUGGGGUCUAUAUGACAUCGAGAAAAUGGACGGUUUCAGCGUUGGUCUACAGAUCGUGGGUCGACGCAUGGAGGAGGAAAAGGUUUUGGGGGUUGCUCACCAGUUCCAGAAGCUGUUAUAG